AUGCGCCCACUCACCCGACUUCGACCACACCUCUACGCGAGGCCUGUGGUAAAUAGAACUUUGCAAUUAAAUACUGCAAGGCCACAAUGGCUGUCUACAUCAGCAAUUCGCCGCUGUUCCUGUGGUGAUGCCGCCAACAAGGUCGAAUCCAUACCUCCUACCGAUCACCGAGCUUUAGGAAUCACCCAAGAGCUCUUUACUUCUUCCGUCUACAGCCCCGGAUCUCCUCUCUUCCUCCCCAACGGUACACACGUCAUCAACAAGCUCAUCACCUUCCUCCGAACCCAAUACCUACAGUACGGCUUCCGCGAGGUCCUAACACCAUCCAUUUACAAACGAUCGCUAUGGGAAGUGUCGGGUCACUGGCAAAACUACAAAGAUGAUAUGUACGAGGUGACAGGUCGCGGCGCGAGUGGCCACACGGACGGUGAGGUGGGGGAAGAUGAGUCCUAUGGUCUAAAACCAAUGAACUGUCCUGGCCACUGCCUGCUUUUCAAGUCACAAAAUCAUUCCUACCGCGAGUUGCCCGUGCGCUACGCGGAUUUCAGCCCGCUUCACCGAAACGAAGUCUCUGGCUCCUUGACCGGUCUUACUCGUGUGCGUCGGUUCCACCAGGAUGACGGCCACAUCUUCUGCCGACCGCAGCAGAUUAAGUCGGAGAUCGCGUCAGCAUUGGGAUUUGUCGAGAUGGCCAUGAAGACAUUCGGACUGGGUCCGUACCGAUUGGUACUUUCGACUCGACCUGAGACAGAUUACAUCGGAACUUUGGAGAUGUGGGACAAUGCGGAGAAUCAAUUGCGCCAGGCCUUGGACAGCACCGGGCGUGAAUGGACAUUGAAUGAAGGCGACGGUGCUUUUUACGGUCCUAAGAUUGAUAUUCAGCUUCAAGAUCAGGCGGGCAAAUUUCAUCAAUUGUCGACUAUCCAGCUGGAUAUGAACUUGCCUCAGCGAUUUGGCCUAGAGUACCAGGUUGCCGAAGGCGAGGAGGACUAUAACCCGGCCACUCCGGGAGUUGCGACCCCUGUUUUGGUGCACCGGGCUAUAUUCGGCUCCCUCGAGCGAUUUCUGGCAUUACUGAUGGAGGAACAUGGUGGUCAUUGGCCAUUCUGGCUCUCUCCGCGCCAGGGAAUCAUCCUGACAGUCAACCAGGAUGAUGCCGUGGUGAAGCAAGCACAAGAAGCAGCGGCCAAAUUUUCCGGAUUCCGAGUCCUCCAGAAUGAUAACGCUGAGCCGCCGCGUCCGUUAUCGUCACUUGAUUCCACUUUCCUGAUGGAUGUUGAUACUAGCGCUCAGACCCUGGGCAAGAAGAUUCAACGCGCCAAGCAAAUGAAAUAUAACCUUAUUUUCAUUCUGGGUUCGCGCGAUCUAGCUGAUGGUGGUAUCACAGUCGACGUUACUGGACAGAUGAAGAGCAAGACUGAUGCAGAUGGGCAGCAGUUCCAGGCUCUAAUCCAGUCUCAGUUAGGCGAGGGUGCUCUACAGAAUCCUAGAGCCGUGAAGCUUAAGUUGGAUGAAGUGCAUCCCUUAUUGGUCCAAUUUGAGAAGAACUUCCUGUGA